AACUAAAAAUAAAUUAAAGUACCCAAUAAAAAAAAAAAGUCAAAAAACAAACAAAAAAAGGGAGAGAGAGAAGGCGAAGGCGAUGCGGCGGAUCUAGGGUUUCUAUGUUCUCGUUUAUUCCGGAUUCUGCUUGGUAUUUGGAUUCUGCGGUUUUUGGGUUCUAUCUCUCUGGUUUUUCAUUUCGGAAUGGAGAUCAGAAAAAGAGAUUCGGUAUCUUGUUCUUGUUUGUUUCGGGUUUUGUUUGGUAUUUGGAUUCUGCGGUUCUUGGUUUCUCUUUCUAUAGAGAUUCACCUUGCAAUGGAGUUAAGAAGACGAGUUUCGGUAUCCUGUGUGGCGAGAUCUUUCGACUGCCAUGGAGAUUUGGUUCCGAUUUGAAGUUUAUAGUCUAUUUGGGUUCGGGGUCUCAUCAAUGGGAGAGCUUCGUUUUGGAAAUAUCGCGUAUCCCAAGGGUUUUUGAUUCGGUUUUGACGGAUUGGUCCUGGGAAUAUGUGAGAGUGUGGUUUCAUAAAUGGGAGGUAUCACCAGGUUUGCUCUCUUAUUCGGAUUCUCGAAUCUCAAAUUUUAAUGGGUCUUUGUGGUUCGGAGAUUCGGUCUCUGCGUUUUUUGAUCAUGGAUUAGCUGUGGAUGAAGAAUAUCUGAUUUCUCUGAUUGGAUUGCUUCAAAUCCAUUUCGAUUUGGACAGAAGACAAUGGCGGUCUACUGGUCGGAGGAUAUUAUUUGCGAUAUCUCUCCAUUAUCUGUUCUGGGAUUUUGAUUCGGUCUUGAUGGGUGGGGAUUGGCUUUCUCUGCGAUCAUGGAAUCAUAAAUGGAGGAUCUUAUCAGCUUCUGUAUCUCUCUCGGAUUCUCGAUUUCUUUUUGUAAUAGGGCAUCCGUGGAUUAGAGUAGCGUUUAUAGCUAUUCUUGAUGAUGGUUCAAUUGUGGAAGAAGGAUAUCUGAUUUCAACAAUAAGUUCACACCAGAUUUUGUCUGAUCCCGACAAGCGACAAGUAUGGUCAUUAGUUUUGAGAGAUUCGGUUGUGAUAUCAAGUGCUCUUGUGGUCUGGCGAAAUCAUUGGGAUAUCGCGGAUACUCAUAAAUGGCAUGCUAGGUUUCGGUACCCAGGGCAGGUUAAGAGAUGUCGCAAAGCGGCUUGUUGGGUGCGAAUGGUUCAGGGAAGAAAGCUGAUGGUGUUGGUCCCAAGAGGAAGAUCAAAAUUCCAUACUUUGAUAAUUCCGCUUUGAUUCCAAGACAGUGGUGGGUAGAUGUAUGAAUCCGAGACUGCAAGACAUGAAGUCUCUUCUGUUUAUGCUGCCUCGGAUUUGGCACUUGGAAGGCAAGGUUGUGGGAGCAGACUUAGGUCUGGGGAAGUUCCAAUUCGACUUUGAUGACGAGGAGGACAUCACGGAGGUUCUUAAGAUGGAGCCUUUCCACUUCGAUCGGUGGAUGCUGUCGAUGGUACGUUGGAGUCCGACGGUAGAUCCGGAAUACCCUUCGGAUAUUACUUUCUGGGUCCGAGUGAUUGGGGUUCCGUUUCAAUUCUGGGCUGAACCCAUAUUCCGGAGUAUUGGGGAAGAUCUGGGUCGUGUGGUAGCAGUAGACAUCGAUGGAGGCAGAGUCCGAGUGAUCGUGAAUGGCUUCAAGCCACUUUGCUUUGAUACGGUGAUAGAGUUCUACAAUGGGGAGGAGACCUUUGUUUCCUUGCAGUUUGAAAGACUCUUUGGAUACUGUAAGCGGUGCUUCAGUAUGUGUCAUGCUUCUGACCAUUGUCCGCUGCUGGAAGCUGCUAAGCCUGUUCCUGUUCCCAUUGCUCCUGUGGAGGAGGAGUUGGUCAGACCGGUUCAAAGUUAUAAAGGAGCAGCUACAAGUGAUAGAAGAAAGGAUAAGGAGAAGGUUACUGAAGGUUCGGGUGGGGCUCAAAAUUCUGACCAACAAAGGUCGCAUAAACCAAGACAUGCUUCGGGUAACAAGGGUCGAGCUGGUGGUGAUUAUGGGGAGCCUUUCGUUAAGCCAAGGAGUGCCCCAAGUUAUGGCCAAGUUGAUGAGAAUCGUCAUAUGGCUCGGGUUGCUGCGGAUGUCCUCGCUUCCGUGGGGGUUCCCCCGGAACCACAAGCGCAGGGAGAGCAAGGUUCCUCAAAGGGUUCUACUGAACAGGUUUUGAUUGGUCAGGAUAUGGGUGUUCGUCCUCAACCUCCUAAAAGGGUUCGGCAACCUCUCUUCCAAGAUACCAAUCUUGCGGUGGUUGGAGACCAGGUUUUAGCCUUGCAGACUGAACCCGGUGGCGUGACUAGUGAGACUGUGGAUGAGAGCACUGCACCGGCAUCUAGGCCGCCUGCAACCACUUUUCAGGCCGCUCAAGAGGUAGUUGGGUCGAAGAGUAGCGGCUCAUUGUCGCAGAUUGUAGAGGGGCUGGAUGUGGGGCGUGAGAACACUCCUGCCGCUGUGGUAAUUCCUGAGGACAAUUAUGUUCAAAUGGUAGGUCCGGUUGCCAGUGAAACUUCAGACUCACCAGCCCUGAAGGAAGAAGGCUCGGCUAAUGGGGGCUCUGGUAUCCCUAUUGAUGGUCCGUCUGUGUUUCCAACUGUUUCCGACGAGGAGCUUGUUGAGAGCGGCGACGAUCACAUGGACAUCUCAGAUCCCACGGAUGCAUCAUCAUCGUCUAACUCGCUUGUGGACAAGGGCCGCAAGACUAAGACUUCUUUGGCCCUUAAAGAGACAGCUUCCAAGAAGCUGAAUGUUUAUUUGCGGGCAACUCCUAAGAAGCGUCCUGCACCUAAAUCUAAUGAUCUGGGUGGAGAGGGACCUAACCCGAAGAACCAGGACAAGGAGAAGGGACCACCCGGUGGAUCCAAGCCACCAAAACCACAAAGCAAUAAAUGAGGAUUUUAAGCUGGAAUUGUCAGGGGUUAGGGAAUAAAGCGACUAUUGGCUACCUUAGGGAUUUAUGGGGGAAGCAUCGUCUAGAGUUUUUGUUUUUGUCUGAAACAAGGCAACCUUUUUCUGUUUUAGAGCUUUAUGUUGGUCAUUUUGGUUAUUCUGAUUUAAAAACGGUUGAACCCAUUGGAUGUAGUGGGGGUCUUGCACUUUUUUAUAAUAAUAAUAAUAAUAAAAUUAAUAGUGUUUCAAUUUUA